AUGGCCCCGAAGCUUAAAGUUGCGGACCUAGAAGCGAAGCUUAAGGCCAAGGAGGCGGAGCUUCAGGCUGCACAGGCGAAUUUGGCAAAGGCGGAGGCGUCUCGCGCAAAGCUUAAGCAGUACCUUGAAGCCUUUCGCGAGCAGGCCGUCAGCACCACCCAGAUUAUAACCCAGUAUCAGCAGCUUCAAAAGGACCACAGUGCCCUUCAGGAGAAGCAAGAGCAGCUCGCACAGGAGAACGAGCGUCUCCGCCAGGCAGCGAGGGCGCCCCUCGCAGCCGCUGCGCCUCCUGAGCGCGCCGGCAAGGCAAGGCAAUCAUCAAGAGGACCACCAACAGAGGCACCAUCUGUAGCACCAGCAUCAGCAGAACCACCAGCUGGUUCGGAGCUAGCGCCUCAGGGCCUUGCACGGCUCGCACAGCAGCUCAAAGAAGAGCAGCACCGGCGGCAGCAGCUUCAAGAGUCUUACGUGCGCUUGCAACAAGAACAGGCGGCCGCUGUGCAGGAGAGCGAACAACUGCGUCAGGAGCGUGACCUCCUGCUGCAACAACGGACAGAGCAACGGGAGAGGGAACGGGAAGGGGAACAGCCGCAGCCUGCCGAGACGUGGGCAGGGGCCGGGGCUGGCCCGGCGCUGAGCACCCACCAACAUCACAACGACCAGCACCAGCAGCAGUGGCAGCGGCAGCAACAGCAGCAGCAGCAGAACGAACGGGCCGUACAGGCGCUGUUGGCGCAACUCGAAAAGCAACAGCAGUUAAACGAGGACCUGCGUGGGCAGCUUGACGCCGUUGUUCGGCAGCAGCAGGAUCAGAAGCAGCAGCGGCAGGGAGGCUCUGCGGCGGGUGGUACCCUUGUCGCGGCGUCGACGGUUCCGGCGGGGCCCCGUGUACAGCCGACAGCAGUUAAGCCCGGGGAGCGGGGAGCACCGUCAACAGCAUUUCGGGGACGGCAGCGGCGCGAAGGAGGCGGAGGCGCAGCGAGCGCUCCGGAGUCCGCUGCAGGGAGCGUUGCCAUUGCUGGCAGUGACAGCAGCAGCAGCAGCGAUAGCGGCGUUGAGGACACUAGCAGCGGCGCUGUGGGCAUCGCGGCGCGGCGGCUGCAACGGCGUCAGCAGCGGGAGCACGAGCUGCAGAAGCAGCGGGAGCACGAGCUGCAGAAGCAGCGGGAGCACGAGCUGCAGAAGCAGCGGGAACACGAGCUGCAGAAGCAGCGGGAGCACGAGCUGCAGAAGCAGCGGGAGCACGAGCUGCAGAAGCAGCGGGAACGGGAGGAGCGACUAGUUCAGGAAUUGACGGCGGCCCAGUCGCAGCGGCGGGCGGCGGAGGCGGCCCUGGAGGCGGCCCGACGGGAGCUGUGCGAGCUGCAGCGGAGCGAGGCGGCGCAGCGAGGUGCCAUGGAGCACUUGCAGGCCCAGCUCCAGGCCCUGCAGGCCUUGGUCUCGGAGCACGCCACAGCAUUGAAGCGGCAGAGCGCCCACCUACAGCGCCACGACAGCCAGUUGGGGCACCAUGCCACGGAGCUGGAACGGCAUGGCGAUGAGCUGAGGCGCCACGACGGUGAGCUGGCAGCUGCCGGCGAGGCUGCCAGCCGCCAGGCGGCGGCGCUGGAGCGGCUUCAAGUAGCACAUGAGGGUGAUACUGCGGCUGUGCGGGGGCUUACGGCCCGGUUGGAGGCUGCGGUGACGGGUGAGGAGGCGCUGCGGGGCCGGCUGCAGGGCAUGGCGAUAAAGAUGCAGGAGAUGCACCGCACCCACAGCAUCUUGCGCCACGCGUUUGGUGGUGGCGGAGGUGGCGACGUUGAGGAGGGCGACGGGUACGGCUACGGCUACGGCCGUGGUGGUUGGACCCUGGGGGAGGAGCUGCCGGGGCGUCCGCCCAGAGGCGGCAAGGUAUCGCCGACAGCCCUGCCUUCGCCGCGGCAGCGACCGCAGCAGCAGCGGCAGCAAAGUCGAUUGUGUGUGGGCACACAACAUGAUCGUUUGGAGGUGCUGGUGCGCAGCCGAUCGGCGACGGCGCUUGAGCAGGAGCUCCUUCCCUUGCCCUGUGGUGAGCGGGAGGUUGAGGUGGGAGAUGGCGAGACGGCGGCGGCGCAGGGCUGGGCGUCCCCUGAAGGCCCGUCGGAGGAUGAGCGAAUGGAGGAUGGCGGCGGCGGUGGCGAGGUGGAGGAGCAGCUCGACGGCCACCGCGACAAGCGGCGCCGAUUGGAGGGCCCCGCGGCGGCGGCGGCGGUGACGGCGGCAGCGCCGAAAGGCAACGGUGUUUGGGAGCUGCAGCGGCAGCAGCAGCCGACCAGGCCCAUAGCCGCCGGCGAACGUCAGCUGCUGCCCAUCAUUGUGGGUCAACAAGGUCCGACUGCCGCUGAAGCUCCUGUGCAGAAGGACCCACUCACCGCCGACUUGCCUGCGCGCGGGGAAGGCCGCCAGAGAGUCUUCACUGCCGCCGCCGCGGCCGCCGCCGGCGGUCCCAGUGCGGAUGGGGCUGGUGAAGCGCUGCAGCGGCGGGGAAGGGGCCGGCCUCGAAAAGAACGCACACCCGGAGAGCUGCUCGCGACGUUGCUAGACGGCAAGGCCACCGGUACCGGCCAGCUGGCCAAGGUGGCGGCGGCGGCGGCGCGGCGGGCGGCAGCGGCAGUACGAGGUCAUGCCGUACACCCCGCGCCGCUGGCGACGGCGGUGUGCAACGCCAUUUUGCGCUGUUCCCGGGGCAAGAUCGGCGUUCCUACUCCACCGGUGCUGAAUACGGAUUCUGGGACGGCUAUGGCUGCGGCGGCGGUUGCCACUAGUGAGCUGACUCAGGUGGCUGGGCGAACCCAAAAAGUUGGCCCUGAUGAGGGUGCUGGUAAGGCCCGUGGGUCAGCCGCUGCAGUUGGGGCGGCGGUGGCAGGCGGUAGCGGCUUUCUGGCGGUUGUGCUGCCAACAACGGGGCGCAGUCGCGGCCACGGUGGGUCAGGCAGCGGCGGGGCCGUAACGCUGCUCGACGCGUUGAGCGGCCUUUGGUGCAAGCCCGCCGAGCAGCAGCGGCAGGUGGUAAGGUGGCUGCUGCAAGUUGUGAGGGACACGGACUGCCUGCUUGGGGGCAACACGGCAGGAGCACAAUCCGACUGCUUGAGCGACGGCGUUGCUGCGCCACACGAGGCGCCUCCACACGAAGCGCCUCCCCGCCCCGUCUCGCUGCAUACAGUGGCGGCAGAGGAAUGUGUGGAUGAAGUGGAUGCAGCGGGGACGAAGACAGAGGACUUAGCAGCAGCAGCAGCAGCAGCGGAGGCCGUAGCUGUGGGCGAGAUGCCAGUCGGGAUGCAGCCGGCUAGCGGAAGGGCAUUGGGAGUGUCCCCGCCAGCCGCAACGGCUGCGUCGGCACCUCGCCCGCCGGGGCCUGUGGGCCUCGUGGGCGGCCUGGUGGCCCGGAAGCUGAUGAGCGCGGUGGUGGCUUGCGACCCGCUUGACAGCUGCGGCCAGAUGAACACAUCUGCUGCUGGGACCGCAGCGGAGGGGACCCCGGCGGGCGGCGGCGGAGGGCGUGGUGGUGCCGUCGGUCCCGUGGAGGUGUUGGGGCAGGAAGCUCCGGCUAUGGAGGGGACGGCGAUGCACGGCCCCGACCUGCCGGAGCGUUGCGCUGCCGCGCACGCGCUCGGCCAGCUGUUCCGUUUGUACCAGGACCGUGAGGCAUUCCAGUGCACCGCCUUAGAGCUGCUGCAUGCAGCCGCCGAGGCGAGGAGCUGCAGCGCCGCCGUCAACCCCAACCCCAACACCAGCAGUCUCAACCAUAGCCAGCAGCUCGCCCACUCAGUUGGGCACGAAAUGUACGGCGGCCUCCGGUUGGCCCCGUCAGCGACCCCCACCCCGACCCCAACUCCGACUUCUGACUCACAUUCCGGCGGCAGCUCUCUGAUACCGCUCGCAUGUCUGUUGGUCGGCUGGUCCCAGGCGCUCAUGCCGGUGGCGGUGACGAUGCCGCCGCCGGACCGCAUGCAAGUUACUGCUGCCGCCGCGGCCGCUACUGCGCCGCGUGUCACGGAAAGCGCCUUGCCGCGGCCGGUGCAGGCCGGCGCGGCGGUUAAAUUGCCGCCGGGGAUCACCGCCGCCGCCGCCGCCGCCUUUCCCGGGUCUUUCGGACCCGUCACUAGCCACGAUAUCGCGGUGCCUGGCGGCGGGACGGAUCGCAGUGUGGCGGAGCUGCAUGGCACCACUAACGGGAACUUGUUCUGUGACUCAGAAUCGGAAAUGGAUUUUGAUAUGGAGCUGGAUGUGGAUCUGGAUCCGAAUCCUAUCAGGUCUUGUCAUCAUGAUGAGGCGUGCAUGUGGUCAGAUCCUGUUCGGGAGGCACAACUGGUUUCGGAGCCCCUGGUGGUAGCCAUGACCACCUGCGCGCAGCUGCUGGCGCUGGAGCGGUUGGCUUUCUGCUGCUGCCUGAGCGCCGAUGGAGGCGGCGACGGUGGAAGCAGUGCUGGUGGUGGUGAUGGUAGUGAUUGCGCAAACCUGCUGGGCUGCGGAUCUGCAAAGCCGUUAGGAGGUGUCAGAGUCGGUCCACCCCCGGUAGUUCCCGAGGCGAACACCGCCAAUACCGUAGGAUCAUCAGCAGCAACCCCACCGGCCCAUGGGUCGCCCCUUGGCGGCUUUGGCCACAGCUUGUUUGCUGGCUUGGACUGCCAAGCGGAGGCUGUGGCGGCGGCUGCGCUGCUGCGGGCGGCCUGGGAGCAGCAGCAGCAGCAGCAAGCGGCCCAGGCGGGGACCGAGGGUAAGUAUAGUGCCGUGGCCACCUUGGUGACCCACGGGUCAGAGACAGGAGCCGCAGCUUUCGCGGGCCCAGUUCUGCCUGGUGUCGCGGAGGUGCUGAUCGCAGCGGGUGUGGUCAAGGCUACCAUGGGUAAAGGUUACGCCACAAAAUUCAGCACAGGCUUGGCGACCGAUACCGCAGCGGCGGCGAACGGCGGCGGCAGCAGAAAGCCCGGCGGCGAAAAGGGCAGCGGUAGCCAUGACAGCAGCGGUGGUGGCGAUGGGGGGCCCCACGCAAAAGAUCUGGACGCGGCGCUGGCGGCCGCCCUGGCGCGAGCUCGCGCUGCCGUGUUGGCACUAGCGGCGCGGCUGAUGGGGCUGCUUCUAGUGGUUGUGACGGACAGGCAGCGCGUACGGAAGCCCGGACUGGUGCAUGGGGAGCCGCCGCCGCCGUUGCCGCCAUUGACAGAGCAGCUGCUACACUGUCCUGGUGACGGAACUGGCGACGGCGGCCGUAUAUCUCCAGCCGCAGCGCAGGCGUCUCCUAACCUAGCGGGCCAAUCGCGGCCCGGGGCAUCAGAGCCCCUGCCGUCGACCGGGGAUGCAGAACCCGACACCGCUUACCUCGCCGGCCUGCGUCAGGCCCUCUUGCUGACGUGUCACCUAUUGCCGUACGACGUCGUAUACGACAGGGUGCUCAGGCAGCUGGUCUCAUGGCUAAGUCCAGGCGGGCCGGCGGCUGUGGACGCGGGUGGCAGCUGGCUGUCGUACCAGCGGCGCCGGGCCUCGGCGGAAUCUAUAGGUGCUGGAGAGACUGCAGCAGCGGCGGCGGCUGGAGAUACGGCAGCUUCUGCUGCAGGCUCGCCUGUGGAGCAGCCAAAUGGCUGCGAGGCACCGGAGGCACCAUCGCACGGGCCGGCGGGGCCCGUGACUGCUCCCCAAGGCGCCCCGGUGGUAGAUGACGAGGAUCCUGCCGUACUGGUAGACGAGCUUGUCGUACCGUCGGGCUCCCCGCACAUUCCGGACCUGCCGCUGACACGGCUGCUGCUGGAGCUGAUUCAGGACGUCGCAUGCCAGGCGCUAGGCAGCGCGCCAGCCAUUGUAGGAAAGCCGCGGCCAUCUGCACAUCGCCAUGCACCCACGGCCGCAUGCAGGCCCAGCUCCAGCGGCCCCCCCGGCCCCGCUGCUGCCGUGCUCCGGGCCGCGUGCGCAUCUCUCUGCGAGGAGCUCGCUAGCCUGGUACCCACACUGCUGACACCCCCGGGACACCGGGGGGUUGGGGACCCCGAGAAUGUGGAGGUACGCGGGGUUGGCGGCUUGCAGCAUCACCCACAGGAGCAUGUCCCUACGGCAGCCCGACAGCCCGGCGGGGAAGCAGGCAACUGCCCCGGGGUUGGAGUUGCACCAUUGGGGGCUGCAUCGCCAGGGCCCGGCACUGACCAGGCACGGACAGCAGCGGCGGCGGCGUUGCUUUCUGUGGUGUUCAGGGUUGCGGGGAUGUGCGUGUCGGGGCUGGCAAGUGAGCCGGAGGCCGCCGCUAGGGGCGCGGGUGGGGGCAGGGAUGAUGAUGGUGGUGUUGAUGCGGGGGCAGGGGGGUUGGCGGGGGAGGGCUUGUGUUUUGCGGUCGCGUCUGUUGCAGCCGGCACCGCCGGCCGGCGAGUGCUGCGCUCUCGGGCGGCAGGGGCCCCUUCCACUGAUGGGGUAGUCGCUGAGGUGAAGACAAGGGUGGGUCGGGCGCUGAGUACACUGCGGCAGGGGCUGCGGCAGGGGCUGCAGGGCGACCUUUGCGGGCUAGGGGUGAGGAUGCUUGGGCAAGGCGGCAGGGGUGGGGCGGCAGCGAGCCUGUUGCAACUGGUGCCCGCAGACGAGGAGUGCCUGCUGGCGCGCCUGCUGGCGCCGGCCGAGCCGCUGGCAGGCGAGGCACGGUAG